AUGACCGUCUCGCCGAAUCUGCUAAGUCGAAACUCCAACAGCUGGAGAAUCCCGACCCGCGGUUCCUCAAAUACGGUUCCGCACCCGACUUUGACCUCUCACACGCACAUCCUCUCGUCUCCCGAGACAAAGAUCACAACUUUGCCUAACGGACUUCGGGUUGCCACCGAGUCGAACCUUGCCGUUAAGACGGCGACCGUUGGGGUUUGGAUCGAUGCUGGGUCGAGGUUCGAGACGGAUGAGACUAACGGAACAGCGCAUUUCCUGGAGCACAUGAUAUUUAAAGGGACGGUGAGGAGGACCGCUAGGAUUUGGAGGAGGAGAUCGAGAAUGGGGGGGCAUGGGCAUUUGAAUGCGUAUACGAGUAGGGAGCAAACAACUUAUUAUGCAAAGGUUUUGGAUAAGGAUGUGAACAAUGCGUUGGAUAUUCUGGCUGAUAUUUUGCAGAAUUCAAAGUUUGAGAAGUCGCGAAUUUCUCGCGAGAGUGAUGUGAUUUUGAGAGAAAGGAGGAGAGGAGGAGGUCAAUGGAGUUGCUUGAUUGGUUUUGUUGGCGAUAUAAGGGUUUGGGGUUAUUUGGCAGGUCUUCUUGUCCUGGGAGUUGAUGGAAUAUUUGUUAUAAUAAUUCAUCCAGAGUUGCUGCUCAUGGUUAUGGUUCCUGUUACUUUGGGGACUGACCCUGACUUUUGA